GACAUACCCUUGCCUGAUGGCAGCUUAAUCUAUGCCAGAAGCCUGUAUUCGCCCUCAUGCCCAUACAGUUCCAUUAGUGGCCUCUUAUGCUAAUUAAUCACCAUGCCUUACAGAUCUACUCCUGUUGAAUUGUGUUCCAGCAUUAGGAGGAUUGCAGAGAGCUAGAGGAACAUAGACUUUUGUUGUGGGAUUGUUAUAACCUGUCUGAAGGAAACAAUACAAUAAAGCCUGUGUUGGGAAAGAGCAAGAUUCUAUAGCUUUCCAGACAUUUCAUGUUGGUGACACACUUUUUGGCUAUGCAUCAUUUUGUGACACAGUUUUACUAGCAAAUCAAAAAUUGAACCAACCCUUUAUAAGAGAUAUAGGCACGCACAUAAACUGUAAUAAUGAAAUAUAUGGGGACACAAUAUAUCUCUAUGAAAACCAUUUAUAUUUUAAAAAAUAUAUGAUUUAUUGCUUAUUUUGCAUAGACUCAGGUUUCUCUUUAUGUUCGCCCUAUGCACCGCAGCCGACACACUAUUGUGUCAUGACAAACAGUUUGGAAACCUCUGCUCUAUAGUCAGCCCUCCACAUUUUCUGGAGUUAGGGCGCAAGACCUUCAUGAAAAUGGAAAAAUACAAAUAACAAAAUUGACUUUUUAUGUACCCUCAACAUUUUAAAAAUGGUUCAACCACUAAAAUAAAAAUCAUCAGAAAAAUGGAGGAUGGCAGAUAAAAACAACGAUCCCUGGCUGUUUUUAUUUACUUGUGCAAGACUUAUCUAAUCUGGUUGUUUCAUUUCACAUGUGUGUAUUUUUGGUUUGCUGAAAUAAGUAUGUUUGUAGAGUUUAUAUAUCUGUGGAAUAAUCCAGGGUGUUUUUUUGUAGGAUAGGUUAUUUUUGUAUCAAAUCUUCUAGUAUCAAAUUUUCUAUUAAGUCAUGGCCAGGGAUACUUCUAAUUCGUUAAUUGAAAUAUAGUUAAAACUAGGUUUAAAGCUACUGGGAAGUUUUUCAAACAUACUUGUUUCGGGGGAUGUCUGAAUUAGGUAAAGGUAAAGGUUUUCCCCUGACAUUAAGUCUAGUCGUGUCCGACUCUGGGGGUUGGUGCUCAUCUUCAUUUCUAAGGCGAAGAGCCGGCGUUGUCCGUAGACACCUCCUAGGUCAUGUGACCGGCAUAACUGCAUGGAGCACUGUUUCAGGGGAUCACAUCAGCAAUCCACUGGGAUGUCAGAAUUGACACUCUCUUUAAAAAAUAUUAAUGAAUAUUGCAUCCGCAGAUUCCACAAUCCGGUGCUUGAAUAUAUUUUUAAAAAUCCUAAAAGCACACCUUAUUUUUGCAAUAUGCAUACAUACCUAUUGCAAAGUCUCUGUCCUACAAAGACUGUUCCAAGGUAAAGUGGCCUGCUGUGAUACAACCAGAUUGAUGUGCUAGGUGAUGGAUUGGCUGUUGCUAUGUGAAGUGACCCUCUGUGAUAUCACUUAGAAAGAAAGGAGACAUUGGUGUAUAAAGGGAAGGGAGGGAGGGAGGGAGGAAAGCACCACAAAGAAAGCCAUGUUACUAUGAAGACAUUUGACGGAAAAGGGAGAAAGGGGAGAGGAAGGAAGGAAAGAAAGAGGUAAAGAAAGGAAUGGAGAUGGAAGGGAAGGGAGAAGGAAGGAAGAAAGUGUAAAGGGAAAAAGACCAUCACAGUCUACCUGGCUUUUUGCUGUGGCCUAAAGAUGUUGGACACCAUCCAGACUGCAAUCCUGGAAGGAAGAAGGAAUGUCUUCCUGACACUUCCCAAACUCACCUCAGAGGAGAUCCUUGGCAUCUGGGACACUGUUUCUGGGUUUGUUGAAAAGCACCUCUCCAUGAAUAAGGGUGUCUUGAUACCAGGGCUGGGGACAUUUUCUUUCUUCAGACAAAAGUUUGAAGUUGGGGGUUGCAAGCCCCGCAUCAUACAGCGGCCUGUUUUCCUUCUCUCUGAGAAACUCGCACAGAUCCAUGGACUGAAAUUGAAUAAAAUACGCACUCCAGGUGAUAUCCCAAUUGUUCAUCUGAAUUUCAUUGUGUUGUCCCUGGAGGGCCCCUUUAACAGGGAGACUGUGGAAGGAUGCAUCCGAGAGACUCUCUUGUCUUUCUCACGGUCUAUUGCCACCAAGCAGCCGGUUGAGUUCACUUUCAAAGGAAUUGGCGUUUUGAUCGUUCGGGACAACAAGGUGAAAAUGAAGUUUUACAAAGACUUCCUGCAGGCCAUGGAUGGAAGUGGGCGCCUUCUCAAAGCUCUUUCAAAUAGGCCUGGGACAGGAGAUUCAGUGUUGUCAAAUGGUGAUGCUUCUUCUCCACGUACACGCUCCGGUAACACUGUUGUGUUUCCAAGGAUUGAAGCUAAAGAGAUGGAAACCAUCACUGAAGAAGGUGAAAUACCCAGCACAGAAAAGGAUCAGUCAGAGAAAGAGAUCAGCAAAAAAGAAAACCUUCCACCAAAGCGUCUCCUCUCUCGCCAAGCAAUUACUCCAGCCAAAGUUUCUGGAGUCAGUCUGACUGAAGACCUUGAGAAGAUUCUUAAGGCCAAAACCUCUGGAGCCAGUCUUCCUGAAGAAACAGAGAAGAACCUUAAGUCCAAAGUCCCGGUAGUCAGCCUGCCUGAAGAAUUUGAAAAGAACCUUAAACUUAAGCUUCCCUCUGCAAGGCAACCGGUACCUGUUCCUGAUCUCCCAAAGACAGAACAAGAAGCCACUUCUGCCCCAGUUCCUGCCCUCAGAGAUCGGACUUCAUCUCCCAUUUGUCAAGAUCAUGGUAGGGCAGGACAGGAAAUGUGUUACUUGUGCCUGCAGCGAGAACAGAGGAACGUUCCUCUGCAGUUGACCGAAGAACGGAGGAAGAAAGACAGGGAAGAAGACUGCAUCCUGGCACAAUAUCAAGCCAUGAAAGACCAGGAAGCCCUUCAAAAGCAGCUGAUGAAAGACAUGAUGAGCCGAGAACAGAGCCAGAAAAUUGCAGCAUUUAACCUGGGGAUUUCUGAAGCCAUCAGACAACACAAAAGUGAAAAACCUCCAGAAGCCUAUAAGUCCUACAUUUUUGAGAAGAGGCCGGUUAGUUCCACUCCUCAUCAAAAACAAGAAGUGUAUGGACAACAGCUGGGGAAACAACUGGAGGAGAAGGAGAAGAGGGAAAAGAAAGAGAAGCGGGACCAAGACCUCAUUGACCGCCUGGAGCAUGUGCAACUGGCAGAAGAGUUAGCUGCCCAAAGAGCAAAAUUCCUGAAGGAUAAGAUGGAAGAAAUGCAAUGUUAUAAGAAGGCUUUGGACAUCCAGGUUAAGCUGAAACCAGCUCCUUUACCGGAAUAUGUGCCCAAUUCAACUGAGGUCAUCUUUGGGAAGAAUGAUAUGAACAAUGAGAAAAUGGCAGAGAGAAGGAAACGAGCCCAGGAGUAUUUCAAACACCAGCUGCAGGCAGCUGCGGAUCACCGGCGGGCAGCGAUACUCAGCCAGUUGGUCGACCAAAGGAAAGCGGCAGAGAUGAUUCAGAAAGCAAGGAAGCAGUGGAUAGCUGAAAAAGGAGCACGGAUGGAGAAGAUCUUCCAGAUGAAUUUGGCCUUGCAAGAAGACUGGCGGAAGAGUGCGGAAAUGAAAAGGCAGAGGGAUUAUGAAGAGAAGCUCUUCCAGCGGACCGGUGACAAGCUCCUGCUUUUGGACCAGUGUGCGAGGUACCGUCGUUGCUAUCGAUGCAAGAAGGGCCUGGGCACCUGUGGGGAAAACAAUGCAUGGACAGAUACAAAAUACGUCCCUGGAUCCCGGCUAGUUGUUUGACGCAAUCUGAUCUGCCACUUCCUUUCCCUCCCUCUUUGUAUCAUAUGAAAACAUUGUUCUUUUUUCUAAGAACAGAAUUCUGUUCACUUUGCUGUGCGCAUGAUUCAAUCCCUAUUGCUUUCUGACUCAAGAUUACCACGUUUGAGAUAUUAUUGUGCAGAAUUAUGUUAAAUUAAAAAAUAAUAAUAAAUGGAAGUACUCCA